GUAUCUUUCUCAGAGCUCUCAAGUUAAGAACCCCAAACCCACGAAAACCCAAGUAUCUAAAGGUUGAAGCUUGGAAACAGAAAGAUAUGAACUGACUUCAUUUUCUUUUUUAGUAUUCUGUUGGGUUUUCAACUUGUUUGCAUGUUGAUGCUUUUUGGUAGCUUUAAAACGGUACUUCGACUCACUUCAAUCCCUCUUCGACUUUCUCAUGGCUAAUAACCCUCACGAAGCUCCCGCGGAUGAUUUCCUCGAGCAAAUCCUCGGUCUCCCUGACUUCGCGCCUUCCGAGUCGGGUUUGGCGGGACCCGACGGUGGAAUGGCUGGAACCGCUGUGGGAGCUGCGGCGCCAAUGUUUCUACAGCUCAGCUCCGGUGACGGAGCCGGAAAUCUCGGCGGAAUUGGAGGCGGUGCGUUUCCCGGACAGGUUUUUCCGUUGGGGUUGAGCUUGGACCAAGGAAAAGGCGGGGUUUUGAAGCCCGAGGAAGCUUCCGGCAGCAGCAAGCGCUUUCGAGAUGAAGACGUUGAUGGCAGGGCUUCUUCUGUGAAAAGUGUUUUCCAUGGCUCACCAAUGCCUGCAACUGUUGCUCCAUCACCUCAUCCACCAACAAUGCGUCCGAGGGUGCGGGCUAGACGAGGACAGGCCACAGAUCCACAUAGCAUUGCUGAACGGUUGCGCAGGGAGAGAAUUGCUGAAAGAAUCAGAGCAUUACAGGAACUUGUUCCUAAUGUUAACAAGACUGAUAGAGCAGUCAUGCUUGAUGAAAUUAUAGAUUAUGUGAAGUUCCUGAGGCUCCAAGUUAAGGUUUUGAGCAUGAGUAGGUUGGGCGGGGCAGGUGCAGUGGCACCACUUGUAACAGACAUCCCACUAUCAUCAGUUGAGGAUGGAAGUGGUGAGGGUGGAAGGAGCCAACCGGCGUGGGAGAUAUGGUCAAGCGACGGCACUGAGCGACAGGUAGCCAAACUUAUGGAAGAGAACGUUGGAGCUGCCAUGCAAUUCCUUCAAUCAAAGGCCCUCUGCAUCAUGCCUAUCUCACUCGCCACUGCAAUCCACCACGCACAACCGCCGGAUACAUCCUCUGUCGUCAAGCCAGAAACAAAUCCUCUUUCAUAGAUCCCGAGAAUUAAAGAGAACGGAAAUAAGGGUAUGCAUCCCACAGUCCAUCCUUGGUCCCACACUACGAAAAUACAAGUCAGAGAUGCCUUUCUUUUCCUGCCUUUUUAAAAAGUUUGAAACAGGGUUUGAUGUCUGCAUAAAAAGAUACAGGCAGGCCCUUCAUGCCUUGACAAGUUGAUAGAUGAAAAAAGGGAAGGGAAUUGUCAAACCUCAUUUGAUAUGCUGGUCUCUUUUGUAUCAAAGUUGGUUAUUGGACAAUGAUGGAAGCACUUUCAUAGUGGGGGGCUUUGAUUUUUGGUUUAGUGGGUUGUCAGACCUGGACAGAAGAUAUAUAUAUGUAUAUAUAUUGUACUAUAUUGUUACUGCAACAGUGGUAUUACUGGAUAUCUUACACAUAAAAUUCCAAUUA